AUGUCCGAUACGCUUUCGGGGAUUGUGAAUACCCUAAAGGGGAUUUACCAAAGCCACGACAACGAUACCCGACGCCAAUUUACCCUUCAGCUUGAGCAGCUCGAGCUGAAUUUGCAGGGUGAGGAGCUCGUCCAGAUCGGGAUUUCUUUGCUUUCCGGUGCGGCCGAUCUCGCGGUUUUGCAGGCCUACGGCGCGGUUUUGCUCAAGAAAGCCCUUCGUAUCCACGGCAUUCGCGUUCACAAAUUGCCCUUUUGGGAACUUCUCCGUUGGUAUGCGACCGAUGCCGGGUUAAAUAACCUGCUCUGCGCGGACUUGGAGGAGCUUUUGUUGACCUGCGCGUUUCGCCUUCCCGAUGGGGAGUUUUCGCGGCUUUUGGAUCGCCUUCUCGCGUCGAAUGAUCUUUCGCAGGAGCCUCGUCGGAUGCGUUUAAUCCACGGGAUCGUCCUCAAAGGGGUGGGGCCGGAUCUCCAGUGGGUGCCGCGGGCGCGAGUUGGGGUGCUGCGGGGUCUUCUCCGCGAGCGCGGCCCCGCCCUCCUCGCGGCGAUGAAUCAAACCCUCUUUUCGAUUUAUUCGACGGCGGGGGGGGCGAUUUCGCCGGGGUCUUGGCGAGUCCGUCGGAUCUCGUGCUGGAGUGGGGGCUGGGGGUUCUCGCGGCCCUGA